AUGCAUCGCAAGAGGACUUCAUGCUCUCACCCUCCCACUCCAUAUCACAACUGCACCGGAAGGAUUGAUGGCCUAGCAAUGGGUCUAUUCGACUCCUCCACCAUGGCCCUCGGAAUAUCGAACAAACGGCCAGCUCACGCUGGCCUUCUCUUACAAGAACAAAACCACACGGUUGCAGGGGCAAACAUCCUAGCUGAUAUCAAGGCGAUCUCUGAGAAAAGCUGGGAAGCUCGCAAGAAAGCCCGGCCUUAG